GAUCUAUUCCCUAUACUGAGAGGAGGAGGAGGAGGAGGAGGACACAGAAGAGGGGACUCUUUGGAUAGCCUGGGUUCUAGACCACAUAGCAAAUCCUCGAACAACACUCAAAGGCAACAGUGAGGGUUGUGGGAGUGACACGGACUCAGUCUUCAGGAUGGCGGCGGACAGUAACAAGGAUUCGCUGCACUACCGCCGCUCGCUGGUCAUCGCACCCAAAACGACCACACAGUUCAACCAGUUCCUGCCCACCAAGGACAAGCCGGCGGCCUACGUGCCAGCGCCGCUCCGCAAGAAGCGGGCCGAGCGCCACGAGGACAGCCGCCGAAGCUGGGCCAGCCCCAUGUACACAGAGGAGGAUGGCACCUUCACCAGUGAGACCAGGUCCGAAUCCUCCAACAACAGAUGCAUAUCCCAGAAUUCCCUGCCCGCCGCCCACCUGCAGUGGGCGUACGAGUACGAGAGUGGCAGUGACGACGAGUCCGACCCCGAGCGGCCGGACCCCGACCUCGUUCUGGAUGACCUGGCCAGCCGGCGCUUCCACAGUCCCUCCCCCGCCCCGCCUACCAAUUACGCACUACCAAUCAGCCCUGUGGAGGCCGGGAAUGCCGUGGGAUUAGGAGGAGGGGGAGGAGGGGUUUCAGUGGCGAAAGGAGGGACCUGGCCAAUGGUGACAAUGACCACGAACACGAACGACCCACCGCGGCAGACGGUGACCUGCCUCAGCAGCAGUGGGCCAAUGACGCCGAUGCGCUCCCCCCAGCCUCAGAUGGGCUCAGUGAGGGUGGACCACCGCCAUCCUCUCCCCACUGAUAGCCUCCUCCGACAGAUGUACGACGAUUCUGAAGACGAGGAAGAUGAUGUUGGGUACGCUGACCCCGUUCAGGAUGACCUGUACGCCCGCAAAGUGGGCGUGUCGCCCAAGCCACCUGUCGACGUGUCAUAUGACAGGUUCCUACCCAAGUUCUGGACGCCCGAGGAGGACGCCCACAUGCAGAAGAUCAAACUGGGGUCCCAGAGGAGACCCUGGUACAAAAAGAUCCAGGGCUUCAGCCGAAAGAAGUCUGGCAGCUCAUCCUCUGACGACUCUGACUGCGAUGUCAGUCGCUGGCUCUCCUCAGCCCCUUCAGGCCCCUCCCCCUCCUCUCACCCCCAUGUAUCUGAAGGCUCCACCCACACCAGCCACCCGGCUGCAGAUCAAAGACUGCUCCAAAAGCAUGAUGUUGCUAGCGAUGGGAGCAAAUCAAUGACAGACCUUGCGGUGGACCUGAAGCAGGUGCGCUACGAGGAGCUACAGAAGAUCAGAGAGCAGGUCAAGGAGAAUGAGGACCAGUGGCAGGAUGACCUCACCAAGUGGAAGAACCGUCGCAAGAGCUUCAACUCUGAUAUUGUGAAGAAGAAAGAGGAGAGGGAGCGGAGCACAGCGAGCACCGGAGGAGGGAGCGGCGGUUUACAGAGGUCCAAUUGGAGCUCCAUCGGCAGUCGCCUCAACUCCCUCGCCUCCCUGGACCAGGACGUGUUUGAAGACUCCGCCCCGGUCCGCCGCACCUUCCCCCCGAGGAGCUACACCAUCGAUAACCCCUACCCCUACACCACUGUUGACCGCCUCAGCACCACUAGCUCCUCCGUGCCCCCCCCAAAGGAGGAGGCCCCCGCUGCCACCACGGCAACCAACAGGGCUGGCUCGCCCUCUAGGGGCAACAUGAGUGACAGUAGCGACAGUAGCGACAGUCCCUCCGGUUCUGGUAGCGACAUCACCAACAACACUACCACGGUCGGUCGUACCUCCAACUACAACCCCUACGUUCCAGCCCCGACUCCCUCGGAGAAAGCCCCAAGCCCGGCCUCGCGGUAUACCAGUACAGCCAAGAUGGAGGAGACCUUAAGCACCACCACCACCACCACCCCCAGCUUCCUACCCAAAGCGCCCGAGCCCAGUCGACCAUGGGUAGGCAAGGUGUCUGAAGAAGUGACCCCCUCCACUGGUGGUGGCUCUCCAUACAAACAACAACCACAGUACAACUCGGUGGUGAUGGACCCAAAGCCCAUGCCUCCCGGUGUGUCUCGGGUUUCUGCCUCUCUCCCCAGGAGCUACAUGAGAUCGGAUAGCGCUCGGCUCACCUCUGUCGUCACUCCACGGCCCUUCGGGAGCCAGUCCACACGCGUCGCAUCACUGCCCUGCGCCUACACCGCUCCUCAGAUGGGUGUCUCUCAGAAACGUGUGAACGGAGAGACGGAUGUCACCAAGAAGCCGUUGGCCCCCAGCCGCUAUAGCCAGGUCAUGACCUCUGAGGACGAGGCGCGCUCCCUCUCCAGCUCCGCCCACAGCAGUGGAGGAGAGGAAGAGGAAGAAGAAGAGGAGAGGGAAAGGGGUGCGACCCCCACACUUGCCCCUACCCUGGCCCCUUCUCAGGCCAGGAUUCCUUCCCCCGCCCUCCAGACCCCAAAAGUGACCUCCCCAGCCACAGUCAGUCCGUUAUCUGCAAAAGACACAAACCAGGAGAGCUACGCUGACAUGCGGAUUAGUCUCAACCAGAAGCCCAACAGCAGCAGAGACUUUGGCUUCCAGACAGAGUGGGACUCCACCGGAGCACACAUCACCUCCAUCCAACCAGGCAGCCCAGCGGAGCUGUGCCAACUGCAGGUGGGCGACGAGGUGCUGUCUGUGAGUGGGCAAAGGGUGGCAGAGAUGAGCUACGGCAAGUGGAAGAGCAGCACAGAGCAGGCUCUGCAGCAGGGCAGCCUCACCAUGGACAUACGCCGCCACGGCAGUAACAACUGGGACAGAGACCUACCUUCCAUGCCAUUUAAAAGCCAUAAGACCAUCAAUCUGACCAGUAUGGAUCAUCAUCCAACACUUAUAGGUUCCACCGACACAACCACCGUUAACGCCGUUAACGCAACCACCAGCUUGGAUUUCACCUCUCGGGGAUCCAUGGAAACCACCAAGGAGGUCACUACCCAACCAAUAAUUGAUGUGGCAUCCAAUGGAGAGAAUGGAGGUUUCCGUGACGAGACAGUGACCAUGAGAAACAAAGAACCCAUAUCCAUGAAAAACUUAAAACGGAGGUCAGAGUUUUUUGAACAAGGAGGAUCAGAGUCUGCGAUAUCUGAUAUGCCCGUUGCCUCCAUCGCUCCCUCCUCUAACCACUGGUCCUGGGACCCGGAGGAGGAGCGCAGGAGGCAGGAGAAAUGGCAAAAGGAGCAGGAGAGAAUCCUACAGGAGAAAUACCGUCGUGACCAGGAGAAGCUGGAGGAGGAGUGGCGUCGGGCCCAGCAGGAGGCUGUGACAGAAGGGGGCAGACACCACCAAGAGGAACCGAGAGGCCUGGAGGUGGACAGCAGAAAUAUCAGCCCCCUCUCCCCCCUACGCAAGCCCACCGCGCCCUGGGAGGACAAGGAAGCGCAAGAGAAGGAAAGGAGGAGGAGGGAAGAGGAGGAGGCACAGCGAAGACAGGAGGAGGAAGAGAGGAGGAGAGUGGAGGAGGAGAGGAGGAGGGAGGAGGAGGAGGAGCGAGAGCUGCUGCGUCUUCAGAAGGAGCGGAAGAGCAGGGAGAAGCAGGAGGAUGAGGAGAGGAGACAGAGGGAAGAGGAGAAGCUGAGAUGGCAGAGGAAGGAGGAGGAGAGGGAGGAAAGUAGGCGCCAGGAGGCUGCGGAACAACAGCACAGGGAGAAAGAGAAAAUGCAGGAGCAGCAGCAGCAGCAAUGGGUCGGGGACUUCUAUGGCUAUGCCAAGGUCCAGCCUGAGAUAUCCAUGGCAGACAGGGCAAAGUCGAAAUCUACACCAGAGCUGGACGACGUGGAGAAACCAGAGACUAAAGGCUGGUACGGCCGCUCGGGGGGCAUGGCCCAGAGGUUACUGGAGGAGGAGUUGAGACGUAAAGCAGACAAAAAGGCCCAGAGUCUCCGGGCUGCGUCCGAGCUGGAGUUGGAGAGGAGAAACAUCCUAAACGCCAUGAGAUACAGAGAGCCAGAAAGAGUGACUAGCAGCGGUGGGCUGGGCGAGAUGUUGUGGAGUAAGGGCCAGCAGAGCCUACCCCAGGCGGAGCUGGAGAGGCAGCAGAUCCUGCAGGAGAUGAAGAAGAAGACCCAGCUGUCCACAGACAACAGCUGGAUACGCCAGCGCUCCACCACCACCAGCAAGGACCCCACUGCCAGCCCCAUCAGGAGAGGCGAGUCUCUGGACAACCUGGACACCGCGCCCCACUCUUCCUGGCGCUCGUCGUGGACACCGGGAAGCACCUCGUCCAUCCCCAACUACAGCAGGCCUCACUCCGCCCUUUCCGGUCUCAACACUACAUCCUCCUACAGCGGUGGUGGCUACGGCAGUGGUGGCUACGGCAGUGGUGGCUACAGUGGCGGCGGGGCCGGAAGUCGUCCCGGCUCAGCCACCCUGCCCUCCUCACUCUCCAUGAGCUCCCUCAGAGGGGCCGGGGGGAGCAACCCAUCUUCCUGGUCCCAGCCAACCCCCUCAUCUCUCGCACCCACCCCUUCUCCUGGCCCCGAACCCGAAUCACGCCCAUUCUCACAGCAACGUAGCAGGUCAGUGAGUGGCAAGAAAAUCUGUACGUUCUGUGACACGGUGCUGGGCAAGGGAGCCGCCAUGAUCAUCGAGUCCCUGGGACUCUGCUAUCAUUUGACCUGUUUCAAGUGCAUCGACUGUAAGUCUGACCUGGGAGGAUCGGAGGCCGGAGCUGAGGUCAGAAUACGUAACCGACAGCUCUACUGUAACUCCUGCUACAUGCGAUUCAAAACUGGACAGCCAAACUCCAUGUGACAUCGCUUUACAACAGUAGAUAAAGGACUACUUGACAACAACCCAUGAACACUGCAACCAGCCGUAACACUUCGCUAGAUGACAACUUUAGAUGUAUUAAUGUGUUUUAUGAUUCAGCAAAAAGCCCUGAUUCUUCAAUGAACAACUAUCUUAUUCUUUAUUUUUACUGUACGCUUGAGAGGGUGAGAUUGACAAAAGAUACGUGAAAAUGUUUAUAUCAAUGUAUUAUUUUUACCAAUUGCUUGUAUAAUGUAUGAGGGAUGUGCAUGCACCUGCGAGUUCUAGACUUUUAGCUGAAAAUAGGGUUGGAAAAUUCCGAAAACUUUCCCAAAUUUCAUGGGUUUAUCAGAAAUCCCCGGUGGAGGGUUUGGGGAAUUUUGAAACCCCAACUGGAAACAAUACUGUAAAUUGAUUUCGGUCUGGUUCAUGAGAUUAUUGAUCCUGAUCGCUGCAUACUUCAGAGAUGUAAGAGUUUUCAUGUUAAGCCGGGGGAAACCUGAGAUUUCUUCUCCUUUUUCGCCUGCAAGUCUUUUAGUUACAUCAAGUUUGUUGUUGACUAAGGUUUGUUGUUGACUCGUUUAUUUUUAUCGAUGUGCCUUUUUUGUUUGUGAUGGGGGGAGAUUAUUUAGAUGAAAAUAUAUUUUAAAAAACUGGCAUGGUUGGUUAGAGAGAGAGAGAGAGAGAGAGAGAAAGAGAGUGAGCACGUAUUGGGGAGUUGUUGUUCUUUCGCAUUAAUCUUAUACAUUUUAGCAGUAAAAAAAAAUGUGGGUUGAGAAAAAAUAUAUAUCACUAUAAUGUAUGGCAUUGAGGUAAAGUUUGUAAAUAAAGUGACUAAAUCGUGA